UCAGCACCCCUUUCGAGCCAGCUCGGGGCCCGCACGUCCCGCCCCCCCGGGCUGACGGACUUCAUUUCCCAUCGUGCCGGGGCGGGUGGCAUGGCGGAGAAGGAUGACACCGGAGUUUGACGAAGAAGUGGUGUUUGAGAAUUCUCCACUUUACCAGUACUUGCAAGAUUUGGGACAGACUGACUUUGAAAUAUGUUCUUCCGUGUCACCAAAAGCAGAACAAUGUACCUCCGAGGAGGAACAGCAAGAGAAUUCUACCAAGAUGCCAUCAAAUGGUAUUCUGUUAAACUUGGCUGAAAGUUUUACCAGGUGGACAUCACUGUUUCAAUGCUGUAAGAAUGACGACUUGCUCCGCAAAUUGGAUGUGGGAUUCCGACUUGACUCCCUCCAUACCAUCCUGCAACAGGAAGUGCUGCUACAAGAGGAUGUGGAACUGAUCGAGCUUCUUGACCCUAGUAUCCUGUCUACAGGACAGCCUCGGCAACAGGAAGAUGGACACCUUCCAACUUUGCGGUCCCUAGCAACUCCUAAUAUUUGGGAUGUCUCAAUGCUGCUAGGCUAUGUUAGUUUCUUCAUUAUGAUUCCUGCUUGGUGGAAUAUUUCUUCCUGGCCACUGUGGGGACUCAUUCUCAUUGUUUACUUGGUUAUAAGAGCUUCAGGCUGGUGGAGGACAGCCAGAUUACAAAUGACUUUAAGAAAAUAUAAUGUUCAGCUAGAAGAUACAGUAGCAAAUAGCCGUGCUUUUACCAACCUUGUGAGAAAGUCUUUACGCCUCAUUCAAGAGACUGAAGUCAUUUCCAGAGGAUUUACCCUUUUGCUUGACAGGGUCAGUGCUGCUUGCCCAUUCAACAAAGCUGGACAGCCUCCUAGUCAGCAUCUCAUCGGCCUUCGGAAAGCUGUCUACCGAACUGUUAGAGCCAACUUCCGAGCAGCAAGGCUAGCUACCCUCUAUAUGCUGAAAAACUACCCUCUGAAUUCGGAGAGUGACAACGUGACCAACUACAUCUGUGUGGUACCUUUUAAGGAGCUGGGCCUGGGCCUGAGUGAAGAACAGGUGUCAGAGGAAGAAGCACAUAACCUGACAGAUGGCUUCAGCCUGCCUGCAUUGAAGGUUUUGUUCCAACUCUGGGUAGGACAGAGUUCAGAGUUCUUCCGGAGGCUGGCGCUGCUCCUCUCAACUGUGAAUGCACCUCAAGGGCCCUUCCUCACACCUGCCCUUUCUUCUCAUCGUGUCCUGUAUGAUGUGACUCAAGGUCUACCUCAUGCACAUGCUGCCUGUUUGGAAGAACUGAAGCGCAGCUAUGAGUUUUAUAGAUACUUUGAAACUCAACAUCGGUCUGAAGCGCAGCGCUUGUCCAAAACAAAGCAGAAGUCGAGAGAACUGAAUAGCCUUCACACAGCAGUGCGCAGCCUUCAGCUCCAUCUGAAAGCAUUAUUGAAUGAGGUUAUCAUUCUUGAGGACGAACUUGAAAAGCUCGUUGGCACUAAGGAAGCAAAUGCUCUAGCAUCAGAGGCUUAUCAAAUCCUGGAGCAGAAGCUAAAGUUGCUCCAGCCUCGAGUACAAGCAAGCAACAGUUGCUGGGAAGAGGCCCUUUCUCAAGUAGAUAAACUGGUACGAAGAAAUUCAGAUAAAAAAGGCAAACCUGAAGUACCAUGUGAAACUCCACGUUGUGCCACAGUACCUUUGUCACAACCUACACUACAUAUUGAAGACAGGGACCCAAUUCCUGAAGAGCAGGAAUUGGAAGCUUAUGUGGAUGAUACAGACCUGGACAGUGAUUUCAGAAGAGAUGAUUUUUAUUAUUUGUCUCAAGAAGACAGAGAGAGGCAGAAGCGGGAGCGGGAAGAAUCUAAAAGAGUAUUACAGGAAUUAAAAUCAGUGUUAGGAUUUAAAGCCUCAGAAUCAGAGAGGCAAAAAUGGAAGCAGCUUCUAUUUAGUGAUCAUGCUGUGAUGAAACCCUUGUCUCCUGUAGAGCCAAUGGACCCCAUAAAUAAUUCAGAAUCACCUGUGAAUUCAAAUAAAGAAAAGGAUGGUCAUAAAAAUGAAAUUGACCCUGAAGAGGGAAAUAGUGAACUAAAUCCUACCCCAAAUGACAAUGAAAUAAGUAGAACUGAGUAUGUAUGUGACAAUUCUUCGGACUGUCAAAAUAAAGACAAUGCUGUGAAGGAAGGCUUCUUGGCAGAGGCUGAAGAACGAACAUGUUACCAGUGUGAGAGUGAAAAUGAGUCUGAGCACACUCCCAAAGGAGGUGGGGAGACUCCUCAGUCGACCCUCAGCGUCUCUUUACAGGCCUCCAUCCGGGAGAGGCUGGCACGUCUCCACCCAGCCCCGGAUUUCAGCAUCACUUCUGGUCUUGCUGCACAAGUGGCUGCAAGAUCUCUCACAUUUACCAACAUGGAGGAACAGACUUUUGAAGACAGUGAGAUAGAAGAGGAAGAUGAAGAAGAACAACAGACAGGACAAGAAAAUGAAAACAAGGCUGAAGAAAGCAAGAACAAAGAAACAAAUGUAGAAAAUAAAGGAAUAUAAUUCUCAGUACUUAUGAAACAUCAUCUUAGGCUUCUUAGCUGGAUAAAGAAGUUCAGUGUUCCAUUAAAAGGGAUGAUGCAUUCAUACCCCAUAAGGGGUUUACUUGAUAAGGCUUCACAGAGAAAAUCAUAGUUGGAAAAACUGAUCUAAAUUAAUUACUCUUAAAUGGCGCACUGGGAGAGUGUUUCCAUUUUCUUGCAUAUAUGGGAACAUGCAAGGUCUCCCUAGAAGAAACUGCUAUUUUAUUAUGACAUUGACUGAUACUAUGGAGAUGAUUUCAAGAUUUUGUCAGUUUAUCACUUAUAAUAUGAAAUGUGUAUUUCCCAUUUCUGGCCUGAAUUUGCUCUUGAAAAAGGUAAUUGAAAUCACACUGAAAGAACACAACUAUUUGGUGUGAUGCCUUCUUUACCACUUUUACCUUUGCACUUAGUAACUGUAGUAUGUGUGUGUUCAUGGCAAGUCAUCUGUAUUUUCUUUAAUUCAUUACAAUCCUGAAACAAGAGUUAGGUUUAAAUAAAAAUAUUCAACUAUCCAUAUAAUUUAUGUGUCCUAGGGUUUGGGGUUGGAAAGUAGUUUUAAGAAAACCACCUUUGUGGUUUCCCAGGUUUAUUAUAUAUAUGUAAAUUAACAAAUUUUCAAGGUGAGUUAAUGACCGUUUGUGGGGUUUUUUAAUGUAACAUUUACUUGAAAAGUUUCCUCUUGAUAUAGCCAUUUCUUUAAUUUGCUUUCUAUUGGCUAUCAAAAGAACAACACGAUCCAGUUUGAUUCUUCCCUAGAUUUAGAGAGGUAAUGGUAUAAUGUGGAUUAUCUUUAAAGUUUCAUAAAAUCACAGAUUCAGAUUCUGAUAUCUUAACAGUGAAGAAAUUGUAGAAAGAUGAUUGUUUCCAAAAGUUGGCAUACUGUUCCACAUGGAUAGUUGGCAUCCUUUAUACUUUUAAGAAGAGUAAAUGUUUGCUUUGGCCAAAAUUCUGGGACCCAUCAGGAAAUUAAUUUGAGUGUGUAUCUGGGAAUCAAUUGUAUUUUCUUAAAAAUAUUUAAUGAAAUUUAAGAGAAAAAUGCCCUUUUCUAUGUAUUGUGUCAUCAUAUGUUCUUACAUAAAUCUUUCUCUUCUUAGUUAUCAAUGUUAUUCAUUCUCUUAUUAGCAGCAUUUGUAUCUUGUGGUACAAGUAUUAAAAAAGGGUAACUUUAGGAAAAGCAUCCUUAAUAGUUUUGUCCCUGUUUCCUCCGAUGUUUGUCUAGACAUGGUUUUAUUUUCAGUGUGAAAUAUUCUCAGACGAUUUAAUCAAGAAUUUCAAACUUUACUACUUGACCCUUUGUAUUCACCCUUAAAUAUUUUCAUGUUAAAAUGUUACAGCCAUGAUCUUGCAUCUUGGGAUCUUGGAAGGUUAUUUGAUAUUCUUAAUUUUUUUAUUCUUCUGGAGAGUUUCCAAGAUUCAUCUUUCAUCUUUUGAAAUAAUUUCAACUACAUAUUUUAUGUCAUCUUCACUAAUAGUUCUUGAUUAUACUUCUCCUAAGAAUUAAUAUUAAUAUUGUUUGACUUUACCAUAUAUCCCCUACAUAGAUCACAUAAAUGAGAAUAACAAAAGCAUUUUGUCAAGUUACCUGUGUUCAUUUGUUUCCCAGAUAGACCAUUAGCCACUAUAGGUGCUAAAUUAUUGGGCAUGGAUAAUAGACCCUCAUUGCUUAUGUAGUAAUUAUUGGCCUAAGUUGAGAGGGAGAGAUAGAAUAGAAAAAAAUAUAUUUCUACCCAUCCUGGCUUAAUAAGAUGUUUCCUUUGCUACAGAAGCUAUCGCUAUCCCAACAAUUUUUUAUAGACAUGGCAUUCCUUCAGUGUCCCUGAAACUAAAAAGAAAUCUUGGCCACAGAAUGUAUCUGUACCAAAUCAUAAAUGAAAUAGGCAUAUGUUUAGAUUGUACAGUUACUCCAUUAGAAUCAAUAGCAUCUUUGUCUCAAUAUAAAUGAUUCUUUUAAUAAAUUGGAUUUUUCUCUAAAAGUAUAUGUCCUACUUAUUUACAGACCUUUUUAUUUCUCACUAACUGCUAUGCCUUCAGAAGCAGUGAUCGUUUUUCUCCUAGUUUUAAACAAUAUAAGUCCCUUAAAACCAAAGGAUCAUAGAUUUAUAAUGGAAAGGAUUCUUCAAGCCCAUCUAAACCAACCCCUUCUGUGUGGUAUUAAAAAAACUGGUGCCCACAGCAGUCAUAUAAAUUGUCCAAGAUCACAUAGAGAUUAAGGGGCAGACCAGAUUUGGAGUUGAGUUCCCUGCUUUCCCAAGCCACCAUUCCUUCACACAGUCCAUGUUUGUACAGUCAGAAAACAUAAGAUAGAAUUUUCCCCAUUCCCUUAAUUCAUGCAAUUCUGGUUAGGGAAAUUAUUUAAAUAACUUGUUCUACAAAAUUUUCAAAACAUUCUGGCCCACCAAGUUUUCAACAACUUUUCCACAAUUGAAAAGUCAUUUUAAAGAAUGAACCUGGAAUCAUUGAGCAUGCUGUGAUUGCUCUUUUAGUUUUUGUUAAAAUUCCUACAUGCCCACAACUAGAUUUUUUUUAAGAAUCUAAGUUUGUGACUUUAUAUUGUUUGUCUAGUCACUUUAUUUCUUAAGUAGGAAUUAUAAAAUUAGAAGUCAUUAAAUCUAAGCGUUAAUGAUUACAUUUUUUACUGUUUCUAUAAGAACUAAACUCUCCAGUUAUAGGAAACAUAAAAAAUUACUAAUGACUCUUUCAGGCACUUAAAAAUUAAUUAAAAAUUAAUAUCACAAAAUAUCACAAAAAAUUUUCUUUAUCACUACUAUUUUCCAACAUUGUGAUAAAUUCUUUAUGGUUUAACUCCUUUUCUCAAACUUGAGUUAUAAUAAUAUAUGGCAUCUAAUUUCAGAAUGUAGUUAUAGGAAAUAGAAUUUUUGAGACUAUUGACUGGUCAUCUAGUAUACAUAUCUAACUGAAAUAAACUAAAAGACCCAAUUCUCAGAAAUGCACACAUGUGUAUAUACAUAUGUGUGUGUAUUUACACAUAGAUGUUGUGUAGAGAGAAGCCCCCAAAAUAAAUUAUAAUGAUUUCUUAGUAUUUAAAACAAUUUGAGGUAAAUUUAUCUAUUAUCUCCUAAUGGAAAAAGGAGAGAAUUACAUGAACUAGUCCAAAAAUAGAGCUUCUGAAUCCAAUUCCAGGCUAUCUUUGUUGAAAUAAUUAUACUCAAAAAUUUUCAAGUCAUUGUUACUGCAACUAGAAAAACAAAUAAGAGGCAUUCAUUUGACAUUCAGUCACAUUUUUUUGGAUUAGCUACCACCAAGAAAUAGUCAUAGAAAAUCAGGUUUUCCAAUUUAUUCUUUUUCUAAAUAUACAUAUAUAAUCAAUGCCAAAUAGGAUUUGCUUAAGUCAAUAGUGGCUCACAAAAUAAUUUCAUCAUUAAAAUAAAGCCACACCUCACAAGUUUUCUUGAAAUUAUAUAUCUUCUCCUUAAGUGCAAUAAUUCCUCAUUUAUCCUUAAUCACUGAAAAAGGAAGUCAUCCAUCGUUAAGGAAAUUUUUCCAAUAACUGAUAGUUAAGUUUUUAAGCAUGAAAUCUGUUGAUGAUUGAUUGAGCUAUUUUUGAUAAUUCUCGUUAAAAUGUAUUACACGUGUUUCCAUCUUCUCAAACAGAGUGUAUAGACCAUAGUUAAACCUUUAUAUUAUUUGUCACAUGGGGACAUUAAUUAUUGUAGUGUGCUAUAAUAAGCAGUUAAAGGCUAAUGAGAUAGGACGAGUGAUUCUUCCAACACAAAAGGACCAGAAUCCUAUCUGAUGCUAAGCUGCUGCUUGGGGUUAUUAAUGUCUCCUAAUCUACUGGUUAUCAGAAACCAGAUAACUGACUUUAUUGGGAUCAUGAAUUAAAUAAAAUUAAAAUGCUAUAUGAGUCUUACGGAAUGAAGAAUAUGAGCUUAAAUGCAUAGAUUUUUGGCUCAUCUGAUAAUUUGGUUAACCUAGCUCAUUUCUGCUGCCUUUCUUGUUUUCUCCUGGGAUCUAGAGAGUGAAAUUUCUGGAUAAGAAGGAUAGAUAGGCACUGACUUUAGGAUUUCAUUGUCAUAGGGAGCUCCCUAGUGAAGAAAUUCUCCACCAAUGCAGGGUGGCAUCUUCUCCUGAUCUUAAAAGACCUUCCUAGAACACAGAGACAGUAUGUGCCAGAGGCUUAAAGACUUGUAAAGGAUGGAUUUCUCUAAGCUUUCAGGUUCAAUAUAAAAAUAAGGUUCUAGAAUUCUGAACUUGGAAAAUUAAAUUCCUAGCAGCUUUCCAGCUUUCCUUAUAUAAUACGUUUGUAAAUCUGUGUCUUUAUAAAUACAUCCAAAAAUACUGUGUUGUCAGAUGUUUUGUUCUUAAUGAGGCAGAUCCACAAACUUCUCUAAUUGUCUAAGUCAUCCUAAGUGUCCACAGACAAAUCAUUCAUUUGAAAAAAUGUGAGCAUUAUCUAGUGAAUUGUGUCUAAUGGGAAUCCUAAAGUAAUGAGUCAUUUGAGGCAGCCAGAUAUUCUAUAGGAGAUUUUGCCUUAGUCACACAUUUUUUAAAAACAUUUUAGAUAGAAAUUUUUUUGUAAGAUAUAUUACAUAUUUCCCUGUCUUCUUAAAACAUAGCCGACUAUCAAUACCUGAUAGUUGUAUAGUGCUUUAAAGUUUUCAGAGCACUUUGCAUAUGCUAAGUCAUUCAAGCUUCCCAACUCACUAAAGUAGGUACUUUUGUUCAUUGUAGUCCCCAUUUUUGAGACGAGUAAGCUGAGAGAGGGUCAGUGACUUUUCCAUCCAGGAUCACACAGCUAAUUAGAAGCAAUAUUUGAAUACAGAUUCCUAACCUAACUACAACCCCCUAUUUUUCCACAUUACUCCUCUGAUUCUAUAUCUCAGUUGUUGGACUAUUUGCCUUGAGGCCCAUUAAAAUGAUUGGGACUGUUUGCUGCCCCUACGUUAAAUGACCACUCUUUGCUGGGUUUUGUUUAAAUUUUAUGUCUGUUGAUGCCAGAAUGUUGACUUCUUCUGUUGUGAAUGUCAGUAUUCCAAUCUGUAAUUUUCCCCUUCUCUCUUCAGUUUUAACACUGCUUCUGUGAAGUUGGGGAUAAAAUAAAAAGGUCAUGCGGCCUAAGGCCCCCUUCUUGGAGUAAAGUUCACAAAUGAAUUUUUGUGACAUUUUGUCUGCUCAGGUUUUCAUUUUUAAAUUUUGGUUUUUGACUCUUCCAAAUUGUUGGAUAAUUGAGUUUUUCACAAGUGAAAAUUGUACUGUACAGAAAAAUCUUGCAUUUCCUUCCAAUGUGUUUUAAUUUCUGUUGGGAAGAUCUGUUUGCUGUGAUUAAAACUAGACCAUUCAGACAUAUAUGCUGGGAGUUGACAGUUUUACACACAGCAUUUUCUCUCUGAAUCAGACACCAGAUUUUUCAGAGAAAAGGCUUGGACUUCCCACUUACUCUUCUAACAAACUGUGUACUGCAUCUGCACCUUUAAGAGAUAAGUUAUUGGAUGGAGGAGUCUUUAACCUGGGGUUUAUGAACUGUCUAAUAUUUAAUAAUUAUAUUUCAAUAUAAAUAGUUUCCUUUGCAAUCCUAUUUAUUUUGCACACAUAUGUGCGUGCAUAUUUGAAACCAACAAAACUCUGAGAAGGGGAUUUUUAGGUUUUACUAACCCGUUAAAAGGAUUCAUGUCACCAAAAAGGUUAAGAAGCCCUUCCCUUAAUAUAUACUGACUCAGUAAGUAAGUAUUUCACUUUUCAUUAUUCUAGGCAACACUCUUAUAUGUGUCAUUGAUAUCUUCAGCUGCUUGGUGAAAUCUGGAUUCCUCAGAAAAAAAUUUUUUUAAUUCACAUCCAAUUCUUUGUGAUCCAAUGGACUAAACUGUCCAUGGAGCUGUCUUGGUAAAGAUAGUGGAAAUUGCCAUUUCCUUUUUCAGUGAAUUUAGGUAAACACAAGUUGUCACUUGCCCAGAUCACACAGCUAGUAAGUGUCUGAAGCUGAAUUUGCACUCGGGUUUUCCUGACUCCAAGCCCAGGGGUCUAUCCCCUGUGUCACCAGCUUCUUCUAAUUUAAUUUAGAAGUUAGUGAAAAUAACGAUGUAAUGUUUUUUUUUCCCCUCACUCAGAUUCAUAAACCUCUUGAAAUCUAUCCACAGACUUCUGGAUAACUCCUGGUUCUGAUAUUGUUAAAUUGCAGAGAAAAUACAAUUCUGCCUUAGAAGAGGGCGUUUCCUUAGCUGGAAGCACCCUAUGUCAGUGAAAUCACAAGUCCAGUCCCUAUCCCAGAGAUAAUAAUGAAAUUUUUAGAAAAAUAACUUCAUCUCUUGAAAAAAUACAUUUUAAAAAGCUCAAUGAAUUGUCCUGUCUUAAACCUGAUGAUCAUGUUAAAUAUUUAGUUUAUUUUUUCUCCACAUUCUACUUCUUACAAAAUUUUAUUAUUCAGAUUUAAUCAUCACCUUAUCAAAGAUGGCAUUAUUUUCUUUGAGAAAAAUGAACAUUUGGCAAAUUUGAUUUUGUGCAUGUAUAAACAUGAGUUUAAAUUUUAAAUAUAAACUCAUAACCCUGAUGUUCAUAAGCCCCCAAGUAAUGGGAUCUUGUAAAUUCAUUUUUAAAUCUCACUAGUUGUUAAUUCAGCCUUCCAUACCACUUUGACCCCCAUAAACUGUGUCUUUAAAGACUGCAAAAAAUCCCCUGCUUGUGCUCCUAUUACUCAAAGUCACACCUAAUACAGAUAAGUCAGUUACCUGGAGGGCAACCAUGGCAUAGAUAAGGUUGGGGGCAGAGAGAAAAUAGGUCCCUUCACACAUAUCUAAUGGGCUUGAAAAGGGAUUCAAAAUAAAACACAUUGAUUAAAACAUCUGUUUUUGCUAAUAAUUCAACAGGAAAACCAAGUCUAGAAUACGAGUUCUCAAAGUCAUUGAUCAAGGAAAUGACACGAAAAAGCUGGCCAUCAUGUCUGGAGAAAAGUUGCCCAGUUCAGUGCAGUUGCAGCCAUGGCAGGUGGAAAAAUAUAAUUUUUCUGCCUGGCCUGGAAAAUCCUAUCUGAGAGGAUGAUAGAUGAGAAAAGAAGAGAAAACACUUUCAGUAUCCACACAGGUAACCCAGAAAGCAGGCAGUCUUUAAUAAAAAGAAUUAGAAAUUCACUAUGCAGAAAAGGGAAAUUUAGCUACAUUUUUGUAAUGGUUAUGUAAUUUUAAUUUAUUAGCCAGUUAGAGCAGCAGAGUCAGUAUAUUUAAUCCACACAUAAAAACUGUCCAGUUGACAUGUUAUAAAUGAUUGCUUUAAUACACUUAACACCGUGCCUGGCACAUGGUUGAUGCUGUUAAACGUCUAUCAGCUGGCUAACUAUAUUAUAACCAAAAUUAUUUCCAGCUUUAAAAAUGAAAUCAUUUAAUUCAUUUACAAUUUCCGUUUGGGAUUUUAUUGUUGUUGUUGUUGUUUGUUUGUUUGUUUGUUUUUCCAAAUUGAGUGCACACAGCAUAGUCUGAAAAUACAUAUUUUUCUUUCCCACUUGAACUCUGCAGAAUGAGUGUUGUUUAGAAGUAAAGAAAUUGUUAUUUUUUCUUUGUAAUCAUGGUGCCCUUGACCUUUGUAGUUUAUUUUAUUCUGAGACUAGCUUGUGUUCAUCUGGAAAUUAUUUAAACUACUUGAAUGAUUUCAUGGUAAUGUUUAUGCUCUGUACAGAAUGGUGUUCUUCAUUACCAAAAAAAUUCUUAAAAGAAUUCUGCUCAUUUUAAAAUAACAAUAUUCCUAUUCUUCUCAUCCUUAUGGAGCAAAUUUGAAUGAUCUGUUGAACACUAGCCCUUAGUACUUGGUCGAGUGUUAAGAGUGGCUUCUGCUCUAAAAAAAAAUUAAAAAGUCAUUUUCUCAUCCCUAUAGGAUGCUCUGGGAAUGUCCUUAAGGAUUUUGACAACAUGAUAAAAUAUUUGAAAUAUGGUCCAGUAAUACUGGGCUGAAUUAGGUUCCUGGACUCAUCUUUAAAACCAAUCCAAAUUGACAGAUAAGUCUUGGGAUCUACCUUUAGAAUUGAAGAUGAUUUAUUGAUUGUCUUAAUUAUCUGGGUUGACCAGAUUUCUGCUCUCUUAGCCUAAAUCUCUUAGCCAAAAUUAAUUCACUUUCUAGGAUGAUGGGGACAGGUAUGAUGGAAAAUGGUAGUAUUUGCCCAGUUCAUGGAUUCACCUCACUGAAUAAAAGCUGAUAUAUUCUUAUAUUGGUCAAUAUCGAAUCUUUAGAACAGAGGCAGUUUAUAAUAAUAACUUUCAUACAUUGCUUUAAGGUUUCUAAAGUAUUUUACAAAUAUUAUCUCAUUAAUGAUCUUGGGGAGCAGGCUCUAUUAUUAUCCCCUUUUUAUAGAUGAAGAUACAGAGGCUCUCAGACUUGCCUAGAAUACAACUAGUACCACAACUUCAAACUAGAUUUGAACUCAGAUGUUCCUAACUUCCAUCCAGCACUCUAUCCAUUGUGCCUCAAGUCAAAACAAUUAAUAAACUGCCGUGAUUGAAGACUUUCUUUUGAACAAUAUCCUAGCUCAGUCUUAAACAUAAAACUUGGAUGCUUCCUCAACUUUUUUAGUCUUUCUCCCUAUUCUAAAUGCAAAUUUAUUUUAAAUCUCUUGGAUCUGCAGAAUUCUUAACACUUUCUUUAAUCCAUAGUUGAGUUGACCUUGUUGCCUUAAGUCUACCUCUAACAUUUUAUCUUUCCAUCUUAAUGGAAUAUUAAUUUUAGCAUUUACCAUGACUGGUGAAGGUACACUUCCUCACAAAGAUCUAAGUUGAUAGAAUUAGAAAUGAGUCUCUGAACUAAAUGGCUACUGUCCUCACAUUUUAUGGAAUAAAGAAAAUUUAAGCACAUACUUCUAUUUUCUUCCUUUGCUGUGUUCAAGUUUUUUUUUUAAUCAUUAUCUGGCAUAGUUUAUUUUUAUUGAUUAAAUAAAAGAUCUCAUGUCUCAGUUUUUCUUGGUGAUACACUCCCAUAGUCCUACAUGUGUUUAUUAAUUGGUAUGAGUCAAAAAGGACUACUUGACAAAGGGUUAGAGUCACACAAAACAAUAUCUUUGAUAAUGAUUUCCAUUCAGUAGGGUUACAUUAUGUUGUUAUCAUUGAAACAAGAUUAAUUAGAGUAUAUGAAAUAAAUGAAUUUACCUGAAAAAAAGUACCUGAAGUUCAUGACCAAUAUCAAAUAAUUCAUUAACUUGAGUUGUUGAAUGGUUUGGUCCCCUCAAGUGAUCCAGAAGAAUUAACAGCCAAUCACUUCUGUGUUUCAGUAGCAUUGAAGUUAGUACUUACUGAGCACUUAUCGUUCAUCACUUGCCCAAUUUGUCUAUUCCUUAUAGUUUUUCUGCAGUACUUAAGAAUCAAAAUUUAAAACAUCAUAAUUUUAUGGAUUUGGGUAGCGCCUCCCAUUCUAGGGAGAGUUCUAAUCUUAAGAGGGUUGCUCUGGGUGAACAACUUCAUCACCUGGAAACCACCCUUCUGAGAAUUUAUCUCUCUGAAUAUAGCAAAGUUGAGGUUUUCUCAUCAUAUACAAAUUCAAUUGUGUGGCUAUUAAUAUAAUAUAGACUAUCUUACCAGUGUCCAUUAACAGUCUUCUUUGGCUUUUGAUUCCUGUUGAAAACAGAAAGAUUAGUCAUUUGAAAGAUGUUUCUUAAUGCCCUCUGAAUAAUUUAAUUUUGCCUAAAUAACCACCAAAUUCUUUUUUUAUCUCAAUUGAUAUAUGAAGUUUCCCUAUUUCAUUCAAUUAAAUAUGCAGAUGAUAUUGAGGAAUACCCCAUGGUGUUGGCCUGAUCAACAUUGUUUUGUAAUGACUACAAAUAAUUUCAUUAAUUUAAUCAAACUCCACAAAAAAGUCAUGAAAACCUUCCUUAAUGUCCUUUGACCAACCAACCACUAGUUAUUGUCAAGAUUUUAAUUUUUUUUGUUAUUGCUACUGACAAACAACAGAUAUGAACAUUUUCAUAUUCUAUGUAAAAGUUAAAAUCUCUACUAUAACCAGUUUUUUAAAAGUAUAUAAUUAAUUCAACAUGAUAGCUCCAAAGCUGUCCUAAUUUACCCUCUGAAUUUCCUUCUGUUUUACUGUGCAUUUUAAAAGAAUUUUUAGGGUGUUCUUUUCCUCUUCUUCCCCUUCUCCUUCUCCUCCUCCUCAUUAUCACUUCACUCCCCAAAAAAAGUCCUUCAAUGUAACAAAUAAGCUACCAUCCUUCAGUCAAAACACGGAAAGCAUAUUUCAUUGGUCUUCUGGAAUAAUGUAUUGAUAGGAGUUAAUUUCUUUAAGAUGCCAUUAUACCAGCUGUUCUGAUUCUGCUUACUUCCUUCUAUAUCAGUUCAUACAAGUCUUCCCAGGUUUUUCUGAAUUUAUACCUCUUUUUUUCAUUUUUGUGGCAUAAUGAUAUUCCAUAGCAUUUAUAUGCCAUCAUUUUUUCAAACAUUCUCCAAUAGAUAGGCACCCCUUUUAUUCUUAGUUUUAUGCUAUGGUGAAACUGCUGCUAUGAAUACUUUUGUACAUGAGACUUUUCACUCUUUCUUUCAUUUACCUCUUUGAAUUGAUUAUAGGCCUAUUAGUGGUAUUUCUGAAUCAAAGCAUAUAUUCACUUUAAUAAGUAAAUCUUUGGUGAUUUAUGGAACUUAGUUCUGUAUUGCUUUCCAGAAUGACUAUGCCUUUCACAUCUCCACCAACAGUGCAUUAGUAGUGUGCCUCUCUUUUUCAUAUCCCCACCAACAUUUAUCAUUUUCUUUUUUAAAAUCAGUCUUACCCGUAUGAGGUGGGACCUCAGUUGUUUUUAUUUGCAAUCCUCUUAUUAAUAAUUUGGAGUAUUUUUUCAUAUGACUACUAAUAGCUUAUUUUUCUUUUGAAAAAUGCCUGCUUGUGUCCUUUGAUGAUUUAGUUGUUGGGGAAAGGUCUUUGUUCUUGUAUAUCCUAUAUAUCUUGGGUAUCAUAAUCAUAAUAAAAGCUAGUAUUUAAAAAUAGCAUUUUAAGGUUUACAGAGUGCUUUACAAAUAUCAUCUCAUUUGAUCCUUCUGAUAGUCAUAGUAGUACUAUAUAGUGAGUGCUACUAUAUAGUAAUACUAUUAUUAUCUACAUAUUUACAGAUGAGGUUAAGUGAUUUGUCCAGAUUCACACAGCUAGUAGUGUCUAAGACAGAAUUUUAAUUCAAGUCUUCUUGAUUUCAGCAUUCUAUCCAUUUUAUUACCUAGCUAUCCUAAAUAAAAAUAUGAAACCUUUAUCAAAGAAGCUUGCUGCAAAGGUAUCUCCCCAAUUAACUCCAACCAUUUAUAACAUUGUUCCUAUGGAACUAAAUACCUUGUAGAUCAUUUUGUCUAACAUUCUAUUUUCUUUCUUUUCUUUUUUUUAGCUUUUUUUUUUUAUUAUUAUAGCUUUUUAUUUGCAAGAUAUAUGCAUGGGUAAUUUUUCAGACAAUUGCAAAACCUUUUGUUCCAAUUUUUCCCCUCCCUCCCCCCACUCCUUCCCCCAGAUGGCAGGUAGACCAAUACAUGUUAAAUAUGUUAAAGUAUAUAACAUUCUAUUUUCUGAGAAACAAAUUGAUGGCAACCAGAGCAUACUUCUAUUCCUUUAUUUUAGUUUUCAAAAAGAAAAAACAAAGACCAAAUGCUUAUCCAAUUUUAUAGCUUUGUUUGUUUCCUUUUAGUUCUCAAUGUCGGAAUAUCUGAAUACAAUCUUAAAUGCUGUAUGAUGUUAGCUCACUAAUCCUUGCACAUUUAAGUAAUGAAGAACUUAAUUUGUAUGCUUAACCUAAAAUGAGUGAAAUUAUAUUGUGUUUAUGUACAGUAUAUGUGUCCUAACUUAGUUCCUGAAGAGACUCUGUUCACCUUUUCUCAUGUCUUUUGGCACUGCUAAUUAUGAACAUGGAAUAGCCUUUUGUGGUGGAGCAUGCCUAUAAUCCCUUGUACUAAAAGAUGCUGAGGCUGGUGGAUCUCUUGAAUGUGAGAGUUCCUAACUGAAACUUGGCUAAUGUUCAUUGAAUGUCUACACUAAGGCUGGCACCAGUGUGGUUGGCCCCUUCAAGUGAAAGGCUAUUAGACUGCCUAAGGAGAGCCUGGAAAGAUGGAGCAGGUUACAUCUUCCAUGUGCUCAGAAUUGAAGAUCAUCGGGCCUAUGAGUGACCACUGCCCAUCUAACCUGGGCAGGAUAGAAAGACCCAUGCUUAAAGGGGAAGAAAAAGGAAUAUAUAGAAAUAUACGGUGGCUUAGAGAGUUAAAGCUUGUUUACAUAGUAAGUCCUUGAAGUUUUCACUUCAAAGACUAAUUUGGGUGCUGAACUGUUUGAAUGUUCUUUAUAAAUAUCAUUUGAGAAUGUUCUUUCAGAGGUUAUUUAUACCUUUUUGAUCACUAAGUGUUUUAUAUGUAAGAAUUAUACCAUUCCUAUCCUCAUUGAGAAUGUAUAUCUUUGAAAAUUUUAAACUUUCUUUUUAAAAAAAUGUUUUUAAAAGUCAUUUUCUGGAUUUUAUCAUAUAGGGGGGUCGAAUCUAUUAUUUUGAAGGGUUUUUUUUUUCUUUUAUUUAGCAAAGUUCAGUAUUUGUGUUUCUAAGGCUCUACUUUAUGGUAUUCCUAUAUUUCUCAUUUUGCAUUAAAAUCUGUACUUCCUUA